CAGCGGAGAAGGGUGGCUGCGGCGGCCGUGCGAUUGUGCUCCGCCCUCUCCUCACCGCCGCCGCUGCCGCCCCCGAGCCUCGCUGGGAGGGACCCGUGUCCCCGCCCGCUGCACUGGCAGUCUGACCCUCGGGCCGCCGCGGAGCAGCCGGCACAGCGCUGCGCGGACCUCAGCAGGUGCGGUGACGCUUCGAGUCGUGCGGCCGGCGCUUCGAGUCCCGAGCCCGCGCACCGCGGCCCCGCGGCCCCGCUGCCCGCGCUCCCCGAGGGCCGGCCCCCGACGAGGCCGCCGCCGCGGGCCAGGCACUCAGCAUGAACCGCGGCCACCGGCACGGGGUGAGCAGCGGCUGCCUGGGCACCAUGGAGGUGAAGAGCAAGUUUGGAGCUGAGUUUCGUCGGUUUUCACUGGAAAGAUCGAAGCCUGGGAAGUUUGAGGAGUUUUACGGACUGCUGCAGCAUGUUCACAAGAUCCCCAAUGUUGAUGUGCUGGUGGGCUACGCAGACAUCCACGGAGACCUGCUGCCCAUAAACAAUGACGACAACUACCACAAGGCGGUGUCCACCGCCAAUCCGCUGCUCAGGAUUUUCAUACAGAAGAAGGGUAAGUGCCACAGUAGCAGCACGCACUUACGGCCGGGACAGAACGGGUUCUCCCCUCCUCAGGACACGAGCCUGGUGCCUGUGCCGGGCAGCCUGGACACAGAGCCGGAAAGCCGAGCUCCAGUCCAGAAACUGUUAGAGGAAGACGGGACAGUCAUAACGUUGUGA